AUGGGCGAGAAGCGCUAUGUUGGAGAUAGCGUCUUUGAGCUUCUCGAAAGACAAUUUAGCGUCGUCUGUAAAGUGAAAAGAGCGUUGUUUACCGCGGAGCAAGUCAGUCAUUGGUUGAACAAUGCUCGCGCAGUUAGGAAUAAAGCGUCUAUAAUAGUUAACCAGGCCAAGGAAUCG